AUGGACGGAUCUGAUCAAGGCAGGCCCCUUCCGAAACCCACAUCUUGCUCUGAACCUAUCCAACGUCCGCCCGGCCUUUGGUUUGACGAUGGAAAUAAUGUUAUCCAAGCCGGGAACUACCAAUUUCGUAUUCACCGCAGCAUUCUCUCCGCUAGAUCACCGAUUUUACGAAGGGUGUUUUCAGAACCUACUCCGGAGGGAACAGAGAGUAUUGAAGGUUGUCCUGUGACGCAUCUCCAAAGUCACGGCGAAGAUGUAAAGAAUUUUCUUAUGGCCAUUUACGAUCCUGCUUUUUUUGAACCUCCUCCAAAGGAUGUUCCAGUCGACGUCGUAUUGAGCGUCGCACUACUCAGCCAUAAAUAUGAAGUACAACACCUUCGUCACCGUUCGAUCCUCCACAUAGAGAGGAACUACCCCAUGGACAUGGACGCGUUUAUAUUUCGUUGGCGGGGCGCUCGUGCUGGGCAAGGUCCAUGGUUUCUUGGUUUAGAAACGCUGCUCAACAUCAUCGUUACUGCCACCUACAUCAACGCUUUAUGGGUACUCCCCGCCGUAUAUUACCACUGUUCCAACGUGACGCCGUCUCAUACGUUGCGCGACACUUCGUCCUGGAACAGUUCUCAGCGUGCGAUCGUUCUACGAAACGUCUUGGCGGGGACAAUAAACCUUGAGAUAAUGGAUGUGACAUACGAUGACUUACUGGGAACAGCCCCCUGUCCAGAAUGUCUUCAUCGGGAAAAAUGUGCCUUGGACAAACUUGCCAGAGCGCAAGAGGGCAGACUUUCAAUCACCCAGAGGAAACCAGCAGGCAGGAAAGCUCACACCUUGGCAUAUUGGUGGAACAGGAAGUGGUUGAAGGAGGUGUAUUGUAAAGGGCUGUGCACCCCCUGCAGUUCGGCUUGCAUGAGUGCGUAUGAAUCUGCUCGGGGUGAUUAUUGGGAUAGGAUACCAUCGGCAUUUAAUCUUCCCAGUUGGAAGGAGUUGAAAUCGCUCAGGGAGACUGACCUGCAAUUGAAUGGUUGA